GUGAUAUUAAAAAUAAUGUGAAUUAAUUUUAAUUAUUCUUUAGUUUUAAAUUAUUUAUAAUGUAACUGACCUUACCUAACAAACCCGUAACAAAGGAUGUACAGUAACAACUCACGUAAUUUUUUUUGUUACUUAUUACUUGCGCAACAAUAUCUAAAUAACAAAUAAGACUUUAAAAUUAGAAACGUUAAAAACUCACGUAAGUUGGAGGCGGUAAUUAAACACUGUUUUAAACAAUAAUUGAAAUAAAUAAUCACGUAUUAGUUCAUUUGAAUUCUGGCCUAUCACGAACAAUCACGUGACAUCAUUAUCCAAUAAAAAAAAUAGAUACUCGUACGUAAACAAGAAACAAUGGUGCACGCACGCCACAGGAAUGCGCUGGUUUUGUGCUGAAAUUUAAAAAUUCGAUAUCUCCUAAAGUAUUUGGAAUUUCUAAUCUCCGCCGCUUUUAAUGAAAAGAGGAAGUUGAAGAGCAUAUAAUAAAGAUUCCCCACAGCACCAGUGGAAGGCAACACCCUGGGACCGUCUGCUCCGGCAGACCGGUGUGAAGAUGACGGACUUCUUGGCGGAAAACAACUCUUGUGGCCAGAACCUGCUCAGGCUUGUGUCGAGGGGAAACGCCAUCAUUGCCGAGCUGCUCCGUCUCAAGGCUUACGUUCCUCCCGUGUUCAGGCUAGAUACGAAACAAGAUCAACAAAAGUACGGGGAAAUUAUUUCAGACUUCAUUUAUUUCAAGACAUCUGAUACUUUCGACCAGAAGAUUGACAAUAAUUCUCAACUUCAAGACUUGGAUGAAGAGUUUCGGGAUAACUACCUGGAGAUUCUGACCCGAUUCUACCUGGCUUUCGAAAGCAUCCAUAAGUAUGUGAGCGACCUCAAUCGCUUCCUGAACGACCUGGAAGAGGGCAUGUUCAUCCAGCAGUCCCUGGAGAGUGUUCUGCUCACAGAGGAUGGCAAGCAGCUGUUGUGCGAGGCGCUCUACCUGUACGGCGUGAUGCUACUGGUGGUGGACCUGAACAUGGACGGCGUUGUCAGGGAGAGACUGCUGGUGUCGUACUACCGCUACAGCGCCCAGCGGUCCAGCACCGACAGCAACAUCGACGACGUGUGCAAGCUGCUGCGCUCCACGGGCUUCGCCACGGCCCGGCGGGCGCCCAACUACCCGGACGAGUACUUCAGGCGCAUCCCGUUGAACACCAUGUACGUGGACAUGGUGGUCGGCAGACUGCGGUCAGACGACGUGUACAACCAGAUCUCAGCGUACCCGUUCCCAGAACACCGCAGCACCGCGCUGGCCACGCAAGCCGCCAUGCUUUUUGUGUGCAUGUUCUUCAUGCCGUCCGUUCUGCACAACCAGACGGCUGUUCUGCGGGAGAUAGUCGACAAGUACUUCCCCGACAACUGGGUGUUGAGCGUCUACAUGGGCAUAACUGUAAACCUGCUGGAGUGGUGGGAGCCGUACAAGGCUGCCAGGACGGCCCUUGGCAACAGCCUCGAACCAAGCAACGUGCGCGCUCAGUCCCUCCGGCAUGCGGACAAACUGCAGAAACUUAUACCACAGACACAACAGCUGAUGAAGGAAGGGGCUCUCGUGGAAGAGAACGUGCUAGACCACGUGAGCAAAGUGAUAAACAUUGCCAGGGAGUGCAACGUGACUCUCCGAUGGCUUGUCCUGCACACAUCCACACCAGUUACAGGCUGGGAUGGAAAUAAGCGAUGCAAACAGUUACGAGAACAAGUUAUUGCUGACAGCAAGUACAGUCCACAGCAGGUUUUUGAGCUUCUUCUGAACACAGGCCAGUUCGAACUCAAGUUGAAGGAAAUGUUUAAACAGUUGCUUGCAGAGAAAGAAAAUAAGUGGGAGACGUUCAAGAAAGAAGGUGUGGAGAGGCUUCAGGAACUGGCGGACGUCUUCUCUGGCACAAAACCACUCACGAGAGUUGAAAAGAACGAUAAUCUCAAGACUUGGUUCAAUGAAAUUGCAAAACAAAUUAACUCUCUACGUUUGAAUGAAACAUCAGCUGCCGGCAGGAAAAUUGUGCAACUCAUCCAGGCUUUAGAAGAGGUGCAAGAGUUCCACCAGCUGGAGACUAACCUCCAGGUGAAGCAGUUCCUGGCCGACACCUGCAGCUUCCUCCACCAGAUGAUACGCACGUCCAACAUCAAGGAGGAGGUGCUGAUAACUCUGCACAUCGUCGGGGACCUCAGCUACGCCUGGGAGAACAUCGACCUGUACACCGUCUACAUGCAGGAGGGCAUCAAGAAGGACCCUUCCUUGGUCAUCAAGCUGAGGGCCACUUUCCUCAAGUUGGCGUCUGCUCUGGAGAUCCCACUGCUUCGCAUCAACCAAGCCAAGAGCCAGGACCUGGUGUCAGUGUCGCAGUACUACUCGGGGGAGCUGGUGGGCUAUGUCCGCAAGGUCAUCCACAUCAUCCCGGAGACCAUGUUCGGCCACCUGGCGCGCAUUGUCCACCUGCAGACGUCUGUCAUCAAGGAGCUGCCCACACGUCUCGAGAAGGAGAGGCUGAAGGAGUUCGCGCAGCUGGACCACAGGCUGGAGGUUGCAAAGCUCACACAUGCCAUUUCAGUGUUCACCGAAGGCAUACUUAUGAUGAAGAGCACUCUGGUGGGAAUUAUUAGGAUUGACCCAAAGCAACUUCUUGAAGAUGGUAUCCGCAAGGAGUUGGUGAAGCAUAUAGCACUUGCUCUGCACAACGGCCUCAUAUUCAACCCCAAAGCUAAGACGAGCGAGUUGGUGCCGAAGCUGGAGGCCCUGGAGAAGAUCAUGGACGGCCACCGGCGGUCCUUCUCCUACGUGCAGGACUACGUGAGCGUGUGCGGCCUGAAGAUCCUGCAGGAGGAGGUGUCCCGCAUCAUCAGCUUCAACGUGGAGCAGGAGUGCAACAGCUUCCUGCGGCACAAGGUGCAGGACUGGCAGAGCAUCCACCAGAGCCGCACCGUGCCCGUCCCGGUCUUCUCGCCCGUCGACGCCGCCUCCGUCAACUUCAUAGGCCGCCUCGCGCGCGAGGUCAUACGCAUAACCGACCCCAGGAUAACGGUGUAUGUCGAGAACAUGACAGCGUGGUAUGACCUGCGGACACAUGCAGAGAUCCUUAACAUCAAGUUCUUCUCGAAGAUCAAGAGGGCAAUAGGAAUAUCUGGUCUGACGGGUCUCGACCGCCUGUUCUCCUUCAUGAUCGUUACUGAGUUGCAGAAUUUCCUGAACACCUUGCAGAAAGGCUUGUUGAAAGACCAAGCCUGGUUGGACAUGUUUGAGUCAGUUUCCAAGAAGUUGGUUCCGAAUACAAGUCUUGUCAGCAACCCGGGCAAGUUCUACACACAGCACACGGUGCGGGCCCAGAAGGUGUGGCCGCAAAUGCUGGACUGGGUGCACAAGGUGGGGCAGAUGCAGAUACUCAAGAAGCACAUCGCGUACGAGCUCAACACUUCCUGCAAGUUCGACUCCAAGCACCUCGCAGCCACGUUACAGGCAAUGAACGACGGCCUGCUGGUGGAGAUAGAACGCCACUACAAGGACCCCUCGAAGCCGUACCCCCGGGAGGAGAACCCCCUGCUGUACGAGCUGUCCGCGUACUUGGACUGGGCCGGCAUCAGCGACCCCUUCUCCAAGAUAUACGUCACCGCGCAGAACCUGCAGCACAUCACGCUGCUCAUGUUCCUGCUGGUCGUCUCGCAGCUGUCCAAGCUGCAGCACGUCAAGAACAUCGGUCUGGUGUGUAAGAGGCCUCAAGAGCCUGUAGACGGUGUCCCAUUCACAGUUGGCGUGCAGACGUUCCUGCGGCAGUUCCACCCAGACGUGCGGAACCAGUUCCUGCUGUACUUCAGUCAGUACAUAAACUCCUUCAUCGCUGCCUGUCCGAGCAACAGCAAGGUGGCGGAGUUCCCGGCGGAAGCGACCACUGCACUGCACUUCCUGGAGAGCCUGUGCCACUACGCCGCGCUGCCGCGCGAGACGUUGUCCAGAAACAUUCCCGAGGUGGUGCUGUACCAGUUCCGCGCCCUCUCCACGUGAGCACGGCCGGGCUCCGAUUGCCGCCGCUGCCAGCCAUCGUGAGCGAGAAGCGCGAACCCCUCUCACCUGUGCCUGAGGACACGCUGGACAGACUGGGUUCGCCGUGCAAUCAAGUGCCAUUCUUGUCUGUUCUCGGGACCCUACACGUUACCUGCAAGUUAGUGUUGAUUGGUCCCGUGUCCCUGUCGGAGAAAAAAAUGUUAUGUGUAAAUAUGUGUGUGUAUGUCGACGAAAAUAUGUCAUGUUGAAAUUUGUACUGGUUAAAAAUUAUUCACAUUUAUACUGAAAACAAAUUAAUAAUAAUAUUCAGUAAUAGAGGUA